UAAACGGAUGGGCUACUGAUUCGAGAAAAUAGUCAUUGUGGGACAAUCACGUGGUACCCACACGACCAUUUCUAGAGAUAUUGUCUCAUUUUUCUACGGUGGGCUAAAAAUAAGAUAUGUUUGAUCGCUAUAAAAACGUGUAGGAAACAGUGAUGAAGGGACACACGCCGAUAAAGUUGAUAACAAAAAUACAUUACACCACAAGGAAGCUAAGUUCGGAUCAAAUCAGUCUUUUGCAUCAUGGAUCCUGAAAGGGUACGUCCUUCGAGCGCUCAUGAUUCGCCCUUCUGGACUACUAACUCUGGUGCUCCAGUCUGGAACAACAACGCCUCUUUGACUGUUGGACCCAGAGGUCCAAUCCUUCUGGAAGACUAUCAUCUGAUCGAGAAACUGGCCAACUUUGACAGGGAAAGGAUUCCUGAGAGGGUUGUUCAUGCGAGAGGUGCCAGUGCCAAAGGUUUCUUUGAAGUCACUCAUGACAUUUCAAACCUUUCUUGUGCUGAUUUCCUUCGAGGAACCGGUGUUCAGACUCCUGUCAUUGCUCGUUUCUCAACUGUCAUCCAUGAGCGUGGCAGCCCCGAGACUCUAAGAGAUCCUCGUGGUUUCGCCGUCAAGUUUUACACCAGAGAAGGGAACUUGGAUCUUGUUGGAAACAACUUCCCUGUCUUCUUUGUCCGAGAUGGAAUGAAGUUCCCUGACAUGGUCCAUGCGCUGAAACCAAACCCCAAGUCUCACAUUCAGGAGAACUGGAGGAUACUGGACUUCUUCUCACACCACCCUGAGAGUCUCCACAUGUUUUCAUUCCUCUUUGACGAUGUCGGUAUCCCACAGGACUACAGGCACAUGGACGGCUUUGGUGUCAACACUUAUGUCCUAAUCAACAAAGCUGGAAGAGCUCAUUACGUGAAGUUUCACUGGAAACCCACUUGUCCGGUUAAAUGCUUGUCUGAUGAGGAAGCUAUCAGAGUUGGAGGAACCAAUCACAGCCAUGCAACUAAGGACCUCUAUGACUCCAUCGCAGCAGGGAGCUUUCCAGAGUGGCAUAUGUUCAUUCAAGUCAUAGAUCCUGACCAUGAAGACAAGUUUGAUUUUGAUCCACUUGAUGUUACAAAGAUCUGGCCUGAAGAUAUUUUACCCUUGCAGCCUGUUGGCCGCUUGGUUUUGAACAAAAACAUUGACAACUUCUUUAAUGAGAAUGAGCAGCUUGCUUUCUGCCCUGCUAUUGUGGUUCCUGGUUUCCAUUAUUCAGAUGACAAGCUACUCCAGAGCAGGAUCUUCUCCUAUGCUGAUAGUCAAAGGCACCGUCUAGGACCAAACUAUCUUCAACUACCUGUCAAUGCUCCAAAGUGUGCUCACCACAACAAUCACCAUGAGGGUCUCAUGAACUUCAUGCACAGAGAUGAGGAGGUGAAUUACUUCCCUUCAAGGUUGAAUCCGGUUCGCCAUGCUGAAAAAUACCCUCAAAAUCCUAUUGCCUGCGCUGGAAACCGUGAGAAGUGCAUGAUUGAGAAGGAGAACAACUUCAAGCAGCCAGGGGAAAGAUACAGAUCCUGGGAUGCAGACAGGCAAGAGAGGUUCGUGAAGCGUUUUGUUGAUGCACUUGCUGAGCCUCGUGUCACGCACGAAAUCCGCAGCAUUUGGAUCUCUAACUGGACUAAGGCAGACGAAUCUCUUGGACAGAAACUAGCCACUCGUCUUAACGUGAGCCCAAAUUUCUAAAGACUUAAGUAAAUGCCCCCGUAACAGAACAUGCUCCUCUUACGCUUUGGUUUCGAAGUAAUCUCUUUGGUAAUAGAUACAUAAAAUAAAACAGUGACAAUAAAACUCUUAUAGAAGGGUAAUACGGUAUAUAAAUCACUUCCAAUGCUGAGAUAUUCAAAAUAAGUUUCUCAGCUAUGAACUAUUUUGAUAUGUUUUUGUUAAGUAAUUAAAGCCGUUUAUAAACUGAUAAAUGGUUAGUAGGUUCCCUAUAAGUAUUCUAUUUUAUUUUAAUUUUCCGACUUUUAUUUUAUAAUUUUGUUAUUUUGAGAUUUAUAUUCAACGAGAAUUUCUACGUUGAAGAAGCUCUAAUUUCUAUUUUGUAAUAUUCUUUUCCAAAUAUCAACAAAUAUUUUGUAAGGCAAAUAAUAAGAAGCUGUUUGGGUUAUAUAUAAUUUACAAGAUAUAUAAUCCGUUGGGCUACUUUAAAUGGAUUUAUUCGUUUUAUGUUUUGGUCUCGAAUUAAUUAGUGUGCUUAUAAUUAAUUAUUCCAGAUUUGCAUCUAUGACGUGAGCUUAUAGUUGGAAUAUUAUUGUGGGUAUAAAGUCAGACGCACGAUCAUGAUUAAAAACAAAAGUUUUCUCAAGUAUGUCCAUAUAGUCGGAACUUUUAAUUGGUCAUUGUUAGGAUGCAAGAUCGCAUAUUACAAUUUAUAUUUUUUAUGUGGGGAGGUGGGGUUGCUAAUUAUUCCGCUGCUAGUGGGAAUGAAAAAGAAAAAUGAGACCAGCCCAUUUUAAUUGUAUUUUAUAUUCUUUAACAACUUGUUCUAAACUUUAAUUAGCUAAUACAGUCUGACUAAUCUGAUGUCUCGACCACUACUUUUUGUCUUAAAAAGAAACUCAGCUCAAAUCAGGUAUCGGCACAUGGUUCCACAGAAAACCUGUAUAGAAAAACUUAAUCACCAAUUAUUAACACUUCCAUGUAUGCUUUUAAGUAUAAUUGCAGUGAAAAAAAAGUAUGACUGCAGUGUCUAAGUUAUUUAAAAAGAAUAUAUAUCCUCCAGAUUACGUAUUAACAUAUGCGUAGAUAUUAGACGCUACCAUUUGUGGAUUUAAAAUAAACUAGCUACAAAGUUUAGCUUUAAAUUUCUUAAUAAUGAGUUUAAAUCAUCCAUUUUUCUUAUGGUUUUAAGUUGUAAGGAUUUGUUUUCACUUUUUUGUAACAAAAAAUAUCUAAAUCGACAAUAUCGUCAUGUUGAUACCAUUACCAGGUUCCAUUAGUACCUUCUCUGCUGUGGCAGGUAUUCUAACGUAUCUUUGCAUAACUAACUAGUACAACAUGAUCUGCCAACACCAAAUAAUCAUGCUUGGAGUACUAGUUAACCGUAGGAGUGUAUAUCCAUCUUUAUUUAGGUCUAGAAUCUAAAUACAGUAGUAAAUACCAUUGGUGUUCUAAAAUACAGUUUUCAAUUUCACAAAAGAAAAAAAAUAACUUAUUAAGUUGUAGUGUACCAAAUUAUAGAUCGAAGUUGCGCAUCUUAAGAGAUUAUUAAUUUAAUCUUGGAAGAAUUUGUAUGAUAACCAUAGUGAAAAAAAAAAUAUAGCCAUGUAUCGAUAAGUGUGAUAAUUUGGUAUUAAAGUGGACCAAUCUCUCUUUUCCGGCGCGUGAUUAUUUGAAUAAAUUGUGUGAUAUUGUGUUAUACUAUAUUUGGCAAAUAGAUAGUACAAAACAAUCAAGUCACAACAAUAACAUAUCAUAACGAAAAAAAUUAAAACUAAGAGAGAAAAUGCGAGGAAGAAUAAAAGCAAAACAUAAAGGAAGAAACAAAUAAUUGUUGUUUUGAAUAUAGAGAGGAAUGAUGGAGAGAGAGAGAUAAAGAGAGAGAGA